CCACUGAGGUAAUACGUCAUCAGUUUGUGAGUGACUGUUUAAGGCAGCGGCCGUGGUAGAAUUUCGCUUCUCCUUUUCGGAGGACCAAUCUGUCACUGAAUUUAUAAAGCGGAAUUAUGAAGAAGACGAAAAUAUUUAUACUUGUUCUGCUUACGUACAGCGCAAUCACACUGAUGCUUUGGGACAAAUGGAAUACCACUAAGUUUUGUACAACGAACAUGGACACUCGUUCUAAACUUCAAAAUCACAAAGUUAGGCGCUAUGGGUCACAUAUAGAAUCGACAACACACAUUCUCGAAUUUAAUAAUAAAUCAUUGGAAUGUGCACCCCACAGAAAAAAAAAGGUAAAUUGCAAGCUUCUAUUUAGAGGAGAUCCUGAUUACAUCAAUGAGGUUAACUUAAUGAAAGAAGAUAAAAACAUGGAUUCCACUUGCAGCUUGAAGGAACUUGUAAAAAAUUGCACCAAGUUCCGUCAAUCACAUGGAUAUUUUAGCAAACCAGUUACCCCGAUGGAGCUCGAUUAUCCAAUCGCUUUUGCCAUUAAAAUACAUACAGCACCAAACCAAUUCGAAAGAUUAUUGAGAGCAAUCUACUUACCUCAUAAUGUUUAUUGCAUACAUGUUGAUGCGAAAGCUGAUAACAAUACAUUUGAACUGAUAAAAAGCAUCAGCACCUGUCUUCCGAACGUUGUACUUGCAGAGAAUCGAAUAAAUGUUGUAUAUGCUACUUUUAGGCAUUUACAAGCUGAAGUAGAAUGCAUGAAGGCGUGCACCAAAUCAAAUGUAAAAUGGAAAUACUACAUAAAUCUUACUGGGCAAGAAUUUCCAUUGAAGACAAACCUGGAAUUAGUUGAAAUUCUGAAGGUUUUCAAUGGAACUAACGAUAUUGAAUCAUACAAGCACCCCAAACAUUUAGAUUGGCGUGUAAAAUAUAAAAUAAAAAUCAAUGAGAAAUCAUCAAGUCAAACAAAGGAAAGUAAAAUACCAUUGAAAUAUCAAAUACAGUUGUAUAAAGGAAGUGCCUAUGGGAUGUUUUCACGAGAAUUUAUUGAAUUUAUUUUAGAGGACGAUGUUGUAAAAACCAUUUUUAAUUGGAUGAAUGAUACAUAUUCACCUGAAGAAAAUAUCUGGGCAACUCUUAAUUCUCUAGAAUUUUCCCCUGGUGGCUCUAGUGGCAUUGAAAUUCGUCACGAUAAAUAUAGUCAUGCCUCAAAAGCUGUGAUAUGGAGUUGGGAUCCCUUUAAAUGUUUCGGUAAAUUGAUUCGUAGUGUAUGUAUUUUUAGCGUAGGAGAUCUUCCAUGGCUCAAUAGCCGUCCUGAAAUAGUAGCUAACAAAUUCUACGAAGAUACCGAUUCUAUAGUAUUAGACUGCUUAGAAGAAUCAUUAAGAAACAGAACACUAAUCCAAAACGUUGAUCAGCUCAAUUGGUACUAUUAUCGUAAUCUUCCGCAUGUCAGUUAUAAUGCAAAGCUAAAAGCCAAUGAAAAAACAAAAGAAUUCCUGCAAAGCAAGAAAAAAAAAUGGCUUUUGAAACAAGAACAGUUACUUAAACCUGUGACAAAGAAACAGACUAUUAAAAUAGAAAAAAAAUUAGCAAUGAAUAUCUCAAAAAGUUGAAAAUGGUAGCAUUAUUAAAUAUAUAUUUCAAUCACAAACAGCAAAUACCUUCACAACCAACAACAGCAGCUACUGCAACACUUCUACUACUACUACUACUACUACUACUACUACUACUACUACUACUACUACUA